CAUCAACACACGCCAGCAUCACCACCACCACGACCACCACCACCGCCACCGCCACCCUCCUGUCUAUACCUAAAACACCAACCUAGGAUUUUGUGUGUCAACGUUGGCUUCUUCUCCCAUUGCCAGUCAUCUUUCUAGCGUCCAAGAAGUCCCCAGAUCCUCACCUGAAUCGCAGCAUGGCCGCCAAUGCCCAAGAAAAUACUCAAGGGGAAGAGGAUGCUUCCGAGUUGGUGUUUCCUAAAGAGUUUGAGGACAACGAGACCAAGACCCUCCUGAUUUCCGAGGUUCACAUCCUUCUCCAGCAUCGCAAGCAACAGAACGAAUCCGCCGAAGAAGAACAAGAGUUCUCUGAAGUCUUCAUGAAAACGCUCAACUACACACAACGCUUCGCCAAGUUCAAGAACAUGGAGAACAUUGCCGCCAUCCGCGCCCUCCUCACCAACAAGAAGAUCCACAAAUUCGAAUUGGCCGCCUUGGCCAAUCUGUGUCCGGAGUCGCCCGAGGAAGCCAAGGCUCUUAUUCCCAGCUUAGAAGGGCGAUUCGAUGACCAAGAACUGGCCUCGCUCCUCGACGAUAUCCAAACCAAAAGAAGUUUUCAGUAUUAAGCCUAUUAUUCUAUGCAGAUACAACUCUCUCCAAGACUUCCAAGAGGUUGUCGAACGAAAUAAAGUGUGCGAUUGUCAGUGCAGUAAGAUUAUCAUUGAGAUCUUCCAACAAACCUCCAACCUCACAGUACUACAUUGAAGCCUUUGUGUCAGCCAGUAAUCCAUUUUGACCCUUGAGCUUGCUCUUCGUUUUAG